AAUGUCUGUAGCUUUAAAUUCAAGAAACAGUUCAGCUCAUUCUUAUGAGAAAUAAACGCUAACUUCAGUAGUUUGCCAUUUAGGCCUAUGCAUAUAUUUGCCUUGUGGUCAAAAUCUUGGCCUUUGUCAAGUCAAAAGUUUGCAAACACCUACACGUUCUUUAUUAUUACUAUAUUUCAUAUUUUAGAAUAAUACUAAAGUCAUCUAAACUGUGAAAUAACACAAACUGACGUACAGUGGGUGUUACUGUAUGUAGCGACCACAAAUGUUAAACAAAUCUAAACUAUCUUAUAUUUUAGAUUCUUUAAAAUAGCCAAUCUUGGUCUAGAUUACAGCCAUGCACUCUCUGGGCAUUCUCACAACCGACUUCAUUUGGUGCCACCAGAAAUGCUUUUUAAACAGUUUCAGAGCUCUUAUGUGUACUGGACACUUGUUGACUGCUUUUCCCUCAAACUAAUCAAGCAUUAAGCAUAAGCAUAUAGAUAAAAAAUUUUAGUCAACUGUGUCCAAACCUUUGACUGCUAGUGCACUGUAUAUAGAAAGUGUCAGGUGAAUCAUUAUGGCUUGGUAAUGUGGUUAAAUUGAGAGUGUAACUGACAGUAACUGUUGAUCAGUAGGGGAAAAUCUAUUUUUAUACUGUUCCACUCAGAAUGCAAGGACAUUUUAGUAUGGUGCCUCUCUGUGGUUACAUGGAGCUCACAAUGGAGAUGGAUGUACAGCAGAAUGAGGAAUCUGUGCUCUCACAUGCAUGUGAUGCUUUUGUGUGUGUUUCUAUUCUGAGAGCACAUGCCAUGACGAGGCUCUCUUCCUCUCUGGGGGGAUUCUUUGGGGGAAACUGACUUGCUGAGGUUUUUGAGGCUGACAGAAGCACCUGACUAAAAACCUGAGAAGAUCAAAACAUCAACUUAACACAACAACAUCAAGCUGUGAAUGUCAAUGUGGAAAAUGAAUUGACAGUUUUCAAAGCUGAGACAUUUAUGGAGGGCAACAAUGUCACUUUAAAAUGUGGAGAUGCUAAAGUCAAAUGGAACGAGCUAAUUUUCAUCACCUGGAAUCUUAGCUUGCAAAGCAGAAAGUGUUUCGUCGGCAUGUUGUUAUCUAAGCCAGAAUCCACUUGUAAUGAUGGAAAGAUGCUACUCAACUCCUCAAAUAGAGUUUCCUUAUUCAUUCCCAAAAUUUCAAAGGACGAUGAAGGAUCUUACUCAUGUGAUAUAUCAUAUAGCGCAGGAACCUAUGCUGAAACAGUGAAUGUGUCUGUAGGUGUUCCCAACCUUGUCAGCAAGCUGGAGUUCAAAAAUGGUCAGUGGUAUGCUGUCUGUGAAGCCAAAUAUGAACAGUCUGUGCCCACGCUUCGUUGGGAACCUGCACUGAACUUUUUUAACAAAACCAGCAAUAUAAUAAAGGGUGAUAUGACUUUUGUGAAGAAUCGAGUAAAUCUGCUUAAUGUUGUUAAUGUUAGUAGCCUUACCUGUGUGGCCACGAAUGGUACCUGGCAACAGAACAUAACACUUGAUCUUACAAAACUAGUGCUUUCAGAUCCCAAAUUUCCAUGGGAAAUAAUUGCCAUAGCAGUCAGUUCUGUGUGUUUUAUUAUUGUAUCUCUGGCUGUGGUUUAUGUACUACGUAGGAAGUUUAACAACCUAAGUGCAUUGAAAACGCUUUGCUGCAAAUCCAAAAUCUCAACACCCGCUGAAGACAAACCAACACAGGCCCCUGAUGUUGAAGAGGUGGAACCCUAUGCAAGUUAUAUACAGCGAGUCAACUCCAUCUACAACUCCUCAGCUGAACUCUUCAAUGCUUAAGUAGCAGCACACUGACUUUUGUCACUUUUCAUGAUGAAAUGGGAUACCAGAAGUUAUACAUGUUGACUGAAAAGUAACAGAGAAUAGUGUGGUCAAAAUUACACACAUGAAUAACAUACUAGUGGAAAAAUAGUCAUUUCAAGAGAGCAUCCCCAAAGCAAACAGGUUUUGACUGAGGAACAAAAGUCACAAUGAGUCAAAUGAUGAAAAGGUGAUGAUGAAGGAACAUUUAUAAUCUUAGUGGUGAGGAAAGACUGGACAACUUCAGCGGUAGUGAUAUCACCAAUAUGAAGAUUUGUAGAAACUGGGUUUGUAUUAUUUACUUGAACAAAUAGUUUUUUUUUUUUUUGUUUUUUUUUUUACUUGUACAGAUAUCUUUCCUUUCAUGGUGUAAAAGGUAAAACCCACAGCAAACAACUCUGUCCUCUAAAAAUACUAAAGUGGGCCUUUUAAAUGAGCAUGGUAAACAUAUUUUACAUUUUGCACAGAAUACAAAUGUAUCAAAUUAUUUAAGUAAACGUACUUAACGUUUCAGUAUGUGUUCUAAACCUAUUUUAAUCGGCAGUUUACUAUCCAGCUGAAUUUAAUACAAUGUAUCAAACUCUUUACUAUUAAUGUUCGAUUCCAGCGAAUGCUAGUUGUCUCUAUACACAAGCAGGCCUUUCUAAUGGGACAAAAGUGAUGUUGAAUAAUGUGACUAAUGUGUCUGACUUGCACCUGCUUUUAAUAGAGCCGCGUUCAAGAGGGAAUCGUGUUUGAUUACUCAUUAAGAUAUGUAACAUUGAGAGGUCAGACAUGGAGAGUCGGACCCUUCGAAUUUCAGUAAUUUGUCCCUUGAGGAGAAAAAAAUUAAAUAAAAAAUCACAAGGUCCCAUUCGGAUGAGUAAGCGUGGAGGGGAACAAAAUGGAAACUUAGGGGUAACUGUGUGCCUUUCUGAAUUCUUGUCAUUGGAAAGGAAAGAUCGGGUACGCCCUCAGAUAUCACAUAACAUCACAUAACUUCACAUAUCACUCCUGUCAAAACUGAAACUUGUGGGAUGGUAUCGGCUUCUUUUGAUUUUGAUAAGACAGUCUUGGGAAUCCCCAAAAACUAUGACAGCGAGAAUUUUCAUUCAAUUCAAAUUUAGAUCUUCGUAGUGUGCCAUAGUCUCUCUAUAUAACACGAAUUACUGCAAUGUACCUACCAUUCAAAAGCAUGUUCCUCCAUCUAGUGGUAAAAUGCGGUAGUGUAGUCUCUUUGAAAUUAACAGUACACUGCAGCAUUCUGGGCUCUCUAGCGACAUCUGUGGGUGAAAUACUAAAGUGCAGGUUAUCUGCGAAGGAACUUUAAAAUUAAAAUAAAAAGUCCGGUUUUCCUCCGCACUGAUCAAUCUGAUGAUUUCAGGAAACACCAUUGCCUGCUAUUAGAGCGGAUAUGACUAGCUACACCAAGAGUUAUUAGUAAGAAGAAAGUCUUGCAAGACUUAUCAGAAAAAGAUGUCGUCAAAGCAAGUUAGUAGCAUAUCUGUCGUUGGACCUCUUUCUUGUUUUCAUAGAUAUGACGUACAAUAAACACGCAAGGACGGAAGCCUGAAAUGUCCCGCCAAAUGGAACCCGACAGUUUUCUCAGUUUAAAAGCAUUAGACUACUAAAGGCUUACCAUAAGGCAAGAACGUGGUUUUGAACAUAUUUUUAAUAUAAUGCUUCAAUAAUGUCAUUUUGUUAAUUUCUUAUGGAGGAUUCCCAAGAAUUCCUCCGUAGUGUAGGAUUCCUUUAAAAAUUUAAUCACAAACAUACCUGUUGGCUAUUAGUAUUAGUGUGAUAUCAAACAAAUUGGUUACUUUCUCAAUGAUUGACUACACAUUUAGUCAACUACUAAAUUACCACAGUUUUUCCUAUUGGAAAAAUAUAAAUGUCACUCUAGUUUCAUUGUACAAGUACCACACAGACGUGUAAGAAGACAUAUGCAUUGUUAUUCACUGUACACAUUUACACAUUUUGGAUGAAGGCAAUAAUUGCUUUUCAAGACCUCAUAAAACUCUUUCCUGUGUUGAGUUAAAAGUGCACUCAGUAAAUUUUUUGUUUAUGUCAUCUUGGACUUACACUGACACCUGGUGGCCUGGAUGCAGCAUUAUUCAAACGCAAUAGUUUUAAGUUAUGGAUGCCAUUGUAGAUAUUUACGAUUCACAGUCAGCCAUGAUUAAUUGAAUCUAUGGGUGAAAGUGUCCAAUAACAGGACAGUUACUGAGAUUAAGUGAGUAGUAUUCGGCUGGUCAUAUGAUACCAUGUGCGGACCCUCUCCAUGUAGAUGUGAAAAGCUUUUAUAAGGUUACUGAUAUGACUGGAGUCUUCAUCUCAUGUGAGUGCUCAUGAUUUAAGACGUGUCAAAAUUACUAUUCAUAUUUUUAGUAGUAAAACUAUUUUAAUGAGGAAAAAUGACUGAGAGCACCUUUAAAUACUGUUGAAACAGGAAGUUGGGGCGGGACAUUUUAAAGGGCUGUCUCUCUCUCUUUUUUUUUUUAAUUGCCAGCAGAGCUGUUCAACCAACAUAAACUUUACAACAUAAAUUAAACACUUUCAUACCUCAAACCUUAAUUUUGAAG